CCGGAUCGAGAAGGAAAAGGAGGAAGAAAAAGAAAAAAGAAGAAAGAAGAAAGGAGGGAUAUUCCUAUUCCUCAUUCAUCAUUUUCUGAAAGAAAGACCAUUUUCCGAAUGACCUCACUGGAAGCAGCGCGGAUUACAUCGUUACCGGAAGAUGCAUAUUAUAUCCCCAACUUCAUCAGCGAGGCUGAGGAGGAGAGGUUGCUACAGAAGAUAACUACCGUCCCGCUUCCGCGCUGGACGCAGCUUUCCCACCGCCGUCUCCAGUCGUGGCCGUCGGCGCUCUCCAAGUCCAACACGCUGCUCGCAUCCCCGCUGCCGACCUGGCUGACACAGCCGAUCAUCAGUCCGCGAUUCGACGAGCUGGGUAUCUUCGCGGACGCGCCGCACGGAGCACCCAACCAUGUCCUGAUCAACGAGUACCGGCCCGGCCAGGGGAUCAUGCCACACGAGGACGGAGCGGCGUACUACCCACUCGUGGCGACUGUGAGUCUCGGAGCGCCUAUAGUACUGGACGUGUACGAGAAGCAGCACCGGCGAGAAGGGUCGGACAGCCCCGUUCCUGAUCCAGCCAACGGGGACGAUGAUGACGGUCAAAAGGAGCAGAACGGAGCUAGCCCACAACACUACCGGAUCCUCCAGGAGCCGCGGAGUCUGCUUAUCACGACGAAAGUCAUGUAUACGGAUUAUCUGCACGGCAUUGCGGAGACGAACCGGGACGAGAAUCUCACGGCGCAAACGGUGUGCAACUGGGAUCUACUGGGUGAUCGACAGAGAUACGAACGCGGUUCGUAUGAAAGGGAAGUGAGGAUGAGCCUCACAUAUCGGGAUGUGAUCAAGGUAGCGAAACUGGGCAACAGUGGCAGGUUUUUGGGUAUACGAUGACAGGAAGAAGAAAAAAAAAGUGAAAAGAAUUCUAUCAAUCCAUCCAUCAACCCCUGCACAACGCGGGAAUUCCGUCUCGCUGGAGCGGUCUCUAACCGGUUGCAUUUGAAAUUGGCGAAAUUGCCGCCUUAGGAAGAACCCUGACACCCAUGCCAGAUGAUUCACGUGAAAACCAUGGGGAACAGAUAUGG